CAACAAACAUUGAAAAUGGCGGCAUGAUCAGUCGGUGUGCGCGCCCCGCAAUUGAUUUGUGACUCAUUUUGAGCCCUCCGCUGCUACUUGUAACUUUCUUCUCCAGCCAACGACUUCCAGCCCUUCAAGAUGGUCAAACGCAAAAACCAGGUGCUCAUCGAUUCGGACAGCGACGCGAGUGACGACAGCGGAUCUGAUUUGGACUCGGAUCUGCUGUCACUUGCCAAAAAGAAGAAAACGGGCAGCGAAUCUCCACCUCCAGCAUCUCCGGCGGUAGAAAAUAGCAAGAAGUCUGACAAUGACUCAGACUCUGACACCUCUGAUUCGGACGACGACUGGGCGUCGAAGAGUAAAAACAAAAAGAAGAAAAAGCAGUCAUCGAGAAGAACUUCAAAGUCAUCCGAAAGCGAGGGAGAGGUCAGCGAGAAGGAGAAAAGCUCAGAACGGUCUGAGCCAGAAGAAGGGGAAGUUUCGGACUCAGGGGGUGAUUCAGAAAUUUCUGACUCGGACAGUCAAGAGGAAUUCAAUGAUGGAUACGACGAAAACCUGAUGGGUGACGAAGAAGAUCAGGCUAGGCUGGCUAAGAUGACUGAAAAGGAACGAGAGCAGGAAAUUUUUAAACGAGUUGAGCAACGUGAAGUCAUGAAAACAAGGUUUGAUAUUGAGAAGAAGCUUCGACUGGCCAGAAAACAAGAAAUGAACAAGAAUAAAAAGCGCUCAGACAAACUCAACUUUGAUGUUAAACGCAGUAGUGAGCGAAAGAAAACAGCUGAGGAAAACAGAGGCAAGACUGAUAAGAAAGCCCAAGCCAUGGACUUGCUCAAGGCCAAGAGACAAGCCAAAAUUGACAGAGAGGAGAAAGAAAAGGCUCGUCAGGAAUUGGAGAGCAAAGGAAAAGAGGGCGAUAAGGAUUUGGAAGACGGCGAAGAAGAAGACUCCGACAAGGCACCCACCAAGCUCAAGUUAUCAGACAUAUACUCUGAUGAUAGUGGAGACGAGAGUGGGAAACCAGACAAGGGCCCUUCACGUAAACGCUCUGUGAGCUCCUCCAGCAGUAGCAGCAGCUCAGAUUCUGAGUCGGAUAGCAGAUCAGUAGCCAGCGUCAAAAAAGUUCAGUACAUCUCGUCGCGGGAAGAACUUAACAAGAUCAGACUCUCGCGGCACAAGAUGGAAAAAUUCGUGCAUCUACCAUUCUUUGGCCGCGUUGCCACAGGAUGUUUUGUCAGGAUAGGCAUUGGAAAUGAUAGUUACGGAACUCCAGUUUACCGAGUUGCUGAGAUUAUGGAUGUUUGUGAAACUGCUAAAAUAUACCAGCUUGGCAAUACUAGAACUAACAAGGGUCUGAAGUUGAGACAUGGUGGCAAUGAACGAGUCUUCAGACUGGAAUUUGUGAGCAAUACGGAAUUCCAAGAGUCGGAGUUUCAGCACUGGAAAAAAGCUUGCGACAGUAAAGGCGUAACUCUUCCCACCAUGGAUGAAGUUGAAAAGAAAGUCAAAAGCAUAAAUGAAGCUAUGGUUUAUGAAUUCAAAGAGGAGGAUAUUGAAAAGAUUGUGCGUGAAAAAGAAAGGUUCAAAACUAACCCCUUCAAUUACGCAAUGAGAAAGACCGAAUACAUGAAAAUCAAAGAAGAGGCAUUGCAGAGAGGUGACGAGUCGAUUGUGAAUGACAUGGACAAGAAACUGGCCGACCUGGAAGAGAGAGCCAACGAGUUAGACAAGGCCCGCACACAAACCAUUCAGAGUAUUAGCUACAUUAACGACAGGAAUAGAAAGAAAAACGUUGAGCGUGCUGAAGAGGCUAUUUUGGAGGAAUUAAGAGAAAAUAAGGGCAGGAAGGUUGACGAUCCUUUCACUAGGCGCAGCACAAAACCGAGAAUGGUGUUCAAAGCUGAGGACAAAAACCCCAAACCUGAGGAUGAGGAACCUAUGGAAAUGCCAAAACCUAUACUACCUGAAAAGGCAAACAGCACUUCUGCCGAACCUUCUUUCCAAGUGCCGAAGCCCAGCGAAGAUCUUUUUUCGGCCCACGAUUUUGAUAUCAAGAUCGACUUAGAAGUACCCUUACCUCACAAUCCUGUUUCUAUGACCUCAAAGUCUGUCAACGCAGUAAAGGACACUGGACCAAGGCGUUCUUUAAAUCUAGAGGACUAUAAGAAGAAACGAGGACUAAUUUAAAGCCUUUAUACACUAUAAUUAAUUAUACUGAAUGAAGAGAGGAAUGUAAGAGUGCCAAUUUUGUGCUUCAUCAAGUACUGUUCUGUAUUAGCUAAAAUAUUCAAAAAUUUUCAAGAGCUCAUUUAGCAUGAGAAUUCUGGUAUACAACACAUCGCCUGUAAAAGUAUUGAAUAUCCUUUCUUGUUUAGGUAUUUGCCUUGCAAAUGAUAAUUAUUGAUAUUGCAUGUGUAACUUAUUGUGGAUGGAAUGAUGUACUUUGAGAGAAGGAUAAUUUUUGUUGUAAUGCUUUGAAAAAAUAUGUUAACUGCGGGAAAAUAAAUUUAUUUGGCUCAGGGACAGUCAAAACUAUGCUGUUUAAAAGCACUUGCCCUUGAAAAUUAGAAGCGAAUUAAAUUUCUGUUUGAUUAGAAAGUGCUAAAAUGCGGAACAAGUCUUAAAAAUUUAAAAUUUCGCGCCUCAAUCGUUCUUACCUUAUAUGGCAAUAACCUAUGAUACAAGAGUGUGAUUGGAUAUUUUUGCCGAACAUUUUUC